AAUUAUUAGUUGUCUGUUACAUAGUAAGUUGUUUACAACGGCUAAUGGUACCUCACAUCUUCGUAAGUUGUUUCCCACUCAUUUACUCUCUCUCCUCCUCUUGCUGUCUGUCUGUCUCCAUCCGCGUUAUUGUCUAAUAUGGCGUGAUUCCUACUUAGUCAAUUAUAAUAUAAAAGCUUAAGCAUGAUAAUUUUAUUAGCCAUUAAAUAUUUAUUGGUAAACUUAUACUGUAAUAUGAAAUUCAUCUUAGUUUUAAGCUUAUUAGUCCUUGUAACAUUAGUUUUUGCUGAAGCAAGACCUGAAGAAAAUAAUGAAUUUCUACUGCGAAAAAUGCUAUCGGAUACUACUGAUAAACUCAAAGUGUUAACGUUAAAACACUUAACAAUAUUUCGUAAUAAAGUUAAAAGUUAUUUCAAAGAAGAUGGUUUAGGCGAGAAAAUAGCAGAAGUUUUAGUUAUUCUUAUUCAACGUCUCAAUAGACGCUUAGAAAAUUGUUUAGAAUCAUCUAAUUUGGAAUAAUGAAACUUAUGAAAAUGUUUUAUCAUUUGGAAUGUAUUUUAAAAAAAUGCAAAAAAUGAAAAAAAAAGAAACAAGAAACAAUCAUCAAUAUAUAUAUAUCUUCUUAUUAUAAACUAAAUUAAAUUAUCCAUAAUGAAGGAAUUAACAGUUAGCAACAAAGAGAAACAAUAUAGGAACUACUGAUGAAUCUUUUGUUAUUCUUACUUGUAUGCAAUUUAAUAUUUCAAUAUUAUUAUUUAAACGUUUAAUAAAGAGAAAUAGUUUAGCUAAAGAAUGUUAUAUAAUAAAGAAAUAUACUACCGAU